AUAUUGUUUGUUUACAUUUUCAAAGAGGAAGUGGAGGGACGCCGAAGAGGGAAAAAGAGGAAGAGGAGGAAAGCACAGAAGAUAAAGAGGAAGAGGAGGGAAAAGGAAGCUUGUCUGGAGGAAAGAGGAGGAGAUAAGAGGAAAGAAGGAAGAGGAAGAGGAGGGAGUUGUGGCUUUUCCUCCUUCCCUCUUUCCUUAAUAUAGAUAUGUAGGAAGGGUUGUUUGACCUCUUCCUAUCAUUAUUUACCUUUUCUUUUACCUUUCCUUACCUUUCUUAGCCUUUUAUUCCCUUCUACUUAUCUCUCUCUACCUUUGCUUACCUCUCCUUUUCUUCUCCUUUGCUGCUUCGUACUUUUCAUUACUUUCUUAACUUUUCUCUUUAUUUGCUUUAUCUCCUUUUCCCUCUUUUUACCUCUCUCUCUCUCUCUCUCUCUCUCUCUCUCUCUCUCUCUCUCUCUCUCUCUCUCUCUCUCUCUCUCUUCUGCCCCUUCCAAGACAAUUAAAACAUAGACAAGAUGAAGUUGUACUGCCUCAGUGGCCACCCCAACAAGCCAUGCAAUGUGGUGACCUUCAAGAGCGUCACCCUCAUGCUGGACUGCGGCUUGGACAUGACCAGCGUCGGACACUUCCUGCCGCUGCCGCUGGUCGCAUCUCCGCGCCUCUCAUCCCUCAACACAUGGAUGCCGAGGGAUGCGGACCCGCAGCUGGAGGGGGAGCUCCGCGAGUGCAUGAAUCGCGUGUUCAUCGACUCCCCGCCAGAAUUCGUCCCUCCAGCGCCCGGCCUGGUGGACUUCUCGGAGGUGGACGCCAUCCUCGUGUCAAACUACCACAGUAUGCUUGCGCUGCCCUUCAUCACACAGCACACCGGCUUCAGGGGCGUUGUGCUUAUGACGGAACCCACUCUGCAGAUAGGAAGGCUGUUUAUGGAGGAGCUGGUUGAGUACAUCGAGCGCACCCCCAAGGCUCGGCACGCCCACCGCUGGAAGCACUACCUCCGCGCCCUCCCCCCGCCCCUCUGUGACGCGCGCACCCCCAAGACAUGGCAGCCGGCGUAUACCAUGAAGGCCAUCAACGCUGCGCUCUCCCACGUCCAGAUUGUGGCAUAUAAUGAGAAUAUUGACAUCUGCGGAGCCCUAAAGGUGACUGCCGUAAGCUCUGGAUACUGCCUCGGAAGCUGCAAUUGGCUCAUCUGCUCGGACCAUGAGAAGCUUGCCUACCUCAGCGGCUCCUCCACCCUCACUACACACCCGCGGCCCAUUGACCAGAGCGCCCUCAAGAACGCGGAUGUCCUGAUUAUGACGGCACUCAACCACACACCCGUCUUCAACCCGGACUCUAUGCUGGGGGAGUUCUGUGUGGCUGUGGCCCAGACGGUGAGGAACGGGGGCAACGCGCUGGUCCCGUGCUACCCCAGCGGCGUUGUCUACGACCUUUUCGAGUGCCUGUCCAACCACCUCGAUAACCUGGGCCUCUCCCUUAUACCAAUGUACUUCGUGUCCCCUCGCGCCGAAAACUCUCUCGGAUACUCCAACAUCUUCUCGGAGUGGCUGUCAUCCAGUAAGCAGGGGAAGGUGUACUCCAUGGAUGACCCCUUCCCGCACGCCCACCUCACCCGCGUUGGGCGGCUCAAGGCGUUCAAGAGCUUGGAUGCCGAGGGGUUCAGCUGCGAAUAUCGACAGCCCUGCAUCGUGUUUUGCGGCCACCCCAGUCUGAGGUUCGGCGACGCGGUUCACUUCAUCGACAUGUGGGGGAAUAACCCGCAGAACGCCAUCCUCUUCACAGAGCCGGAGUUUGAUAUCGUGGAGGUGUUGGCCCCCUUCCAGCCCUUAGCCAUGCGUCAGGUGUACUGCCCCAUCGACACAAGCCUGGACUUCACACAGGCUCGUAAACUCAUCAACGAGCUCAAGCCGGCCAAGUUGGUGGUGCCGGAAGUGUACAUGCAGCCUCCACCCAACGCACAGCACCGCACGGACCUCACACUUGACCUGGAGGAGGCACCACUGACCUACGGGGAGUGCCAGCUGGUCAAUCUCGGUAUUCAUAGGCGACUUGAGACAAUGCACUUGACACCCGACGUGGCCCUGGCCCUCAACCCCAUCACCAUCCGCCCCGGCCUCGUCACCUCAACCAUCACCGCUGCGCUGACGACGAAGGAUAAUAAGUAUACGCUGAAGCCCCUGGAGGACAGCGAGGUUGAGCCACACACCCGUCUGCCAACCUGCUACCCCUACGGCAACCUCAAUGUGGAUGAGCUGGUACAACGGCUGGCGCAGGCUGGGCUGGCGGAUGCUCGGGUGGAUGACAGCAAGGAGGGCCUGGUGAUUACGCUGGCCAAUGAUGAUGUGGUGAUUCAAAUUAACGAGUUCGCUACACACAUUAUCUCGGCGAACAGCGCGCUACGGGAGAAGCUACGAGACAUCCUGCUGGAGUGCCUCGGGAGCUUCUGAUGGAUGACCGGAUGACUAGUUGGCGGAUGGCGGAUGAUGGGUGAUUCUUGGUUGGUGGAUGGAUGA